AUUUUAUAAAUAAAAUACCUGUGACUUGACAUGAGGGAAAUAAUUCGAAAUAAUUCCAUUAAAAUGAAAAAUAAAUUCGUAGAGGAACUACUGGAAGUCAAUUCCAUUUAUUUAUGCCUUAUUUAGUGAAAAAAGCAAGAUGUUUUAUAUUGGUCGAAAGUUGAUUCCGGUAACGAAACGGGUUAGUACGGAUAUUUCCUUAGCUUACAACAACAACAACAACAGCAACAAUGGCGGACAAAAUCUCAGCGGAAGAUUUCGGCAAAAUGAAGGUUGCAGAUUUGAAGAAAGCACUGAAAGAGAGAGGUUUACCAUUGACUGGCACUAAAAGUGAACUUCUAGAAAGACUUAAGUCUGCUGUCCAAUCAGAGGAAGUGCAAUAUAUAGAAGAUUUUCCUUUCUUUGAUGACAAAUUUCUUGAGUGUGAGGCUGCCACUGACACUACAGCAGCUUUAGAAGGUAAUAAGAUAUUAAUAACAACAUUAAAAAACACACAACAAAACGCUUAUAUAUUAGGCUUGGUGAUUUAUAAAUUGUCUUCAUGUGAUUUUAUUUAGACAAAAAACUUUCUUUUUUUUUCGAAUCAGAGAAAUGUAGCAUGGUGGAGGUUAAAAAUUGAUGAUAUUUUCUAAAUUAAAAAAUACAAAUGUAAAGAACGAUUUACAAAUUAAAAGAUUGAUAAUAAUAUGUUCCAAGACUGCAAGAUUGGUUUUCGGAAAUCCUUUUUAGCUCGACUAUUCGAAGAAUAUGAGAGCUAUUGUAGUUGCCCCGGCGUCGGCGUCCGCGUCGGUGUCUGCGUUGGUUAAAGUUUUUUGUAAAGUCAAAUAUCUCAAUAAUUGCUUGAGAUAUUCAAUUGAAACUUACAAUACUUAUUUCUGGUAACAAGGUACAUCAGAUUGACAAGUUGGAUAACUCUGCCUACAAUAUUGACAGAAUUAUGCCCCUUUUUAACUUAGAAAUUUUGGUUAAAGUUUUUGUAAAGUCAAAUAUCUCAUUUAUUGCUUGAGAUAUUCAAUUGAAACUUACAAUACUUAUUUAUAGUAACAAGGUACAUCAGAUUGACAAGUUGGAUAACUCUGCCUACAAUAUUGACAGAAUUAUGCCCCUUUGGAACUUAGAAAUUUUGGUUAAAGUUUUUUUGUUAAGUCAAA